AUGUUGUUUACUUUACAUAGUAUUGCAACCGGUCUUAAAGAUAUUCAUAAUAAAGGAUUAAUUCAUCAAGAUUUUCAUUGUGGGAAUAUAUUAAGCAAUAAUAUCCAUCAGGCUUUCAUUACUGAUUUGGGAUUAUGUCAACCAGCAAAUGUCAAAUCCUCUCAAAAUAGUAAUAAAAAAAUAUAUGGAGUAUUACCUUAUGUAGCUCCUGAAGUUUUAAGAGGAAAAGAAUAUACUCAAGCAAGUGAUAUUUAUGGAUAUGGAAUUAUUGCAUAUGAAAUUUGUACAGGGUUCCCUCCUUAUCAUGAUAUAGCUCAUGAUGAAUUCUUAGCAAUGAAAAUUUGUAAUGGAUUGAGACCAAAGUCAAAUUAUAAAAUUCCUCAAUUAAUUCUUGACAUUAUUAAUCAAUGUUGGGAUGCAGACCCUUUAAAACGACCUAAUGCAAAUGAAUUAUUUAAUAUAAUUCGUGAUUUAUGGAAAGCUAUGCAAAAUAAUAAAGCGGAGUCUGUAAUUUAUGGACAAGCUAAAGAAACAGAUGAAAUUAAUAAAAAGUUAUCUUUUUCAUCACCUUUAAUAUCUAGUGAUACUAGUAUAUCAUAUGUGACACAUCCUCAAGCAGUUUAUACAAGUAAACUUUUAGAUUUUAAAAAUCUUCCAGAACCAAAAAAUGCUGAUGAUAAUGAUGAUUUACAUGGGAUAGAAUAUUCAGGUAUAUAUAUAACAUGCUAUAAUAAUAUAAAUUUAUUUUAA